AGAAAACGUAACCUGUACUUUAAUGUAGGAUAAAAAUUACUUCAAAGAUGAUUGUUUCACCAGCAUUAGCGUUAUUGUUUCCCUCUUUACUAGCAUCCAUUGCGACGAAUCUUAAUUAUACGGUUUUCGUCGACGACCAUGGAACACCACAUCUGAUCGAUACCAACGAACCUAAAUUCACGCAAGCAAAGCUCGAAGAAUUCGACAAAUCCGCAGAAAAAACUACCUUCUAUUUGUACACUCGAAAGAACCCCGUAAUUGGACAGCAGCUUUUCAUCGAUGAUAUAGAUAGUGUAAAGAAGAGUUUUUGGAAUCCUGAUCAUCCCACUCGACUGUUCACUCAUGGAUGGCAUGGAAAUUGCGAGGCAGGAGGUUGCAACUCGAUACGAGACGCUUUCCUUAACGUUAGUGAUUACAAUGUCAUCCUGAUCGACUGGAGAGAAGUAGCCAACGGUUUUUAUUGGGACUCUGUAAAAGGUGUGCCAUUCGUAUCACAACGCGUAGCCCUUUUGAUAGACUUUUUAGAAAAGAAUGCAGAUCUCGAUCCUAAUAAGACGAUGGUAAUUGGAGUCUCCUUGGGCGCACAUGUCGCCGGUCUCGGUGCUCGUUUCGCAACUAGCAAGAUCGGCGAAGUAAUCGUUUUAGAUCCCGCAAAACCUGCAUUUGAGUCCGCAGGACCAGGAAAGAGAGUGGACAAGUCAGACGCGAUUAACGUACAGGUGAUACACACCUGUACAAAGUUUAUAGGCAUAAAAUCGACAAUCGGCACUUCUGAUUUUUAUCCCAAUGGUGGCGAGGAGCAACCGGGAUGCGGUCCAAUCAGAUGGAUCGGUGAUACCGAAGCGAUGGGAUGCGCGCACGUGAGGGCUUAUUAUUAUUACCUAGAAUCUAUCACAAAUCCCACAGGUUUUCGCGCCGGAAAUGUGUUCAUGGGAGGACCAUCCAUCGAUCCAAAUGCAAAUGGAACGUACGUUCUGCAGACUGCUAGCGAACCACCGUUUGCACUCGGAUAACAAUUGACGUCAUUAGUUGUUCGUAAACGUCCUGUCUAUGCGAACCCAUCGCGGCUAACCCAAGACCGAGACAACCACCAUGGCGGACCAUCUGAAACAA